AUGUCAUCCAGAGGCAGUCCCGGCCCUCCACGGGCCAAAAGCACAGGGAGCUCACGCUCCAAGAGUCCUAGGUCCCGAUCGGGAAGCCCUGGACGUAUGAGGACGAGGACACCUUCCCCUGGACAUGGCUUGGACCGGCCUUCUGGAUCGCGGGCCUCUUCUAGAGAAAGAUCCUCAGCGAGGUCCAGGUCCAGGACUCCCGAACGAGGGCGUGCGGUUACCAAGACAGGAGCAGUGGUCAUCGAUACCGGGACCGGGACAUGUAAAGCUGGGUUCGCGGGUCAACAGACCCCGCAAGUAUCCGUCGGGACGCUGGUUGGAUACCCAACGGAGAGGUCGAUGAGGUCUCGAAGAAGCAGGCCAGAUACAUUUGUGGGACAGCAAGCCCGGUUGGAACCCGAUCUCAAUAUCAGUUUACCAGUGAGACAUGGCAUUAUCAUUGAUUGGGAGGCUGCUGAGACCCUUUGGAGACAUCUCUUGACUCAGCUGAACACCUUUCCAGAAGAACACGCGCUCCUCAUGUCCGACCCUCCACUGUGUCCAACCACCAACCGAGAGAAGCUGGUGGAGGUGGUCUUUGAGUCGCUCAACUCCCCGGCCAUGUACGUGGCCUACCAGUCAGUGCUGUCUGUCUACGCCCACGGCAAGAUCAGUGGGUUGGUGGUCGACACGGGCUAUGCCACGACCCACACGGUGCCUGUCCACCAAGGCUACAACCUCCCGCAUGCGACAGAAAGGAUGGAUGUCGCCGGGAGCAACAUAACAUGCUUUUUGAUGGACCUCCUGAAGGACAAGGGGUACUACUUCGACGACCGGAUGUUGGCUGUUGUUGAAGACAUCAAGCGCAAGUGCUGUUAUGUUGCUCUUGAUUUUGAGGCUGAAUGGAGCCACCCCAAGCGAGAAUACUCGGCGGACUACCACCUGCCUGAUGGUCAGGUCAUCAAUUUGGGGAAAGAGCGGUUCCAGUGUCCAGAGCUGCUGUUCCACCCACCGCAGGCUCCGGGGCUUUCUCAAGUGGGCAUUCACGGCAUGGCCCUACGGAGCUUGAGGAAGGUCCCUGAAGAGGUCAAGAAGGACAUGUACGAGAACAUCCUCUUGUGCGGCGGCUCGUCCCUCUUCGAAGGCUUGGAAAAGAGGUUCACGCACGACAUCAUGACCGGUGUGACCACCAAUACCAAAGUGAAAGUGGCUGCCAUUCCAUUGCGGCAGUACUCCGUCUGGACCGGAGGAUCCGUCCUGGCCUCCCUGAAAAACUUCCAGUCAUGUUGGGUCAAGAGAGAACAGUACAACGAGCACGGCCCAUACAUCGUCCACAGGAAAUGCUACUGA